CGCAAAUGGAGUGGGUGCUCGCCGAAGCGCUGCUCUCGCAGCUCCGGGACCCCAGGCUCCUGCUUGGGACGCUGUGCCGCGGGGAGGCGUCGGUGGAGCGCGUGGAGACCCUGCGCUUCCUUCUGCAGCGGCUCGAAGACGAGGCGGCGCGCGGCGGUGGCGCGGGCGCGCUCUCGGAGGCGGCGCGCGAGGUCGCUGCCGGGUACCUGGUGCCGCUGCUGCGGGGCCUGCGGGGCCGCCCGGCGGGCGCUGUGGACUCCGGCCGGCGCGUGCUGAGGGCCGCGGGCGCCGCCCUGCGCUCGUGCGCCCGCCUCGCCGGGGGCCCGCCGCUGGCGGCCGCCCUCGCGGAGGAGGCGCUGCGCGACCUGCUCGCCGGGUGGCCGGCCCCGGGCCUCGACGGGGCCCCCACGCGGGCGGCGGGCGCCGAGGCGGCCGUGGAGGUGCUGGCGGCCGUCGGACCCUGCCUGCGGCCCCGCGAGGACGGGCCGCUGCUGGAGCGGGUGGCGCAGGUCGCCCUCGCCCUGGCACUGGGCGGACCUGAGGCCGGGCCCGCCGAGGAGGCGGCCGCGCUGGUGGCCGGGCGCCUGCUGCCCGCGCUGGGCCAGUGCAGCGGGGCGGCGCUGCGGGCCGUGUGGGGCGGGCUGGUGGCGCCCGAGCCGGCCGCGGGGCCGGGCCGCGUCGGCCCGAAGCUGCAGGUCCUGAGCACGCUGGCCGAGAUGCUGCUGCCCGAGCCCGGCGUGGACUGCGCCCCCGGCGCGCGCGAGGCGGGCCCCGACGCGCGGCGCUGCUGGAGGUUCUGGAGGACCGUGCAGGCGGGGCUGGCCCAGGCCCAGGACGCGCUGACGCGGAAGCGCGCGCGCUACCUGCUGCAGAGGGCCGUGGAGGUGUCCGCCGAGCUGGGGGCCGACUGCACCUGCGGCCCCCUGGAAGGAAACGGCCCAAGUCUGUUUUGGUGGUCUGAGAAGAAAAAAGAUGAGCUGCUAAAGUUUUGGGAAAAUUAUAUUUUAAUUAUGGAAACUCUAGAAGGAAAUCAGAUACAUGUUAUAAAGCCAGUUUUACCAAAGCUAAACAAUCUAUUUGAAUAUGCAGUGUCAGAGGAAAAUGGAUGUUGGCUGUUUCACCCAUCCUGGCAUAUGUGUAUUUAUAAAAGAAUGUUUGAAAGUGAAAAUAAAAUCCUGACCAAAGAAGGUGUAAUCCAUUUUUUGGAGCUGUAUGAAGUAAAGGUUCUUCCAUUUUCAUCAGAGUUUUCUGAGUUUAUUAUUGGACCAUUAAUGGAUGCACUUUCAGAAAGCUCUCUAUAUAGCAGGUUCCCAGGUCAGCUGAUAGGAAGUGGUUCUCCAUUGGGAUCAAAAUUACAGAAGUUUUUAGUCACUUAUAUUGCUCUUCUUCCAGAAGAAAUAAAGAGUAGUUUCCUAUUAAAGUUUAUUCAAAAGAUGACAAGUAGACAUUGGUGUGCUAUUCCCAUUUUGUUUAUAUCUAAGGCUUUGGCAAAUGUCCCAAGAUGUAAAGCCCUGAGUCUAGAAGGACUUCUUGCUCUCAGGGAUGUUCUUCAAUGCACUAUGACUACACAUCAGAUUCUACUGCGAGGGGCAGCUCAGUGCUACCUGCUUCAGACAGCUAUGAAUUUGGUAGAUGUGGAAAAAGUGUCAUUUUCUGAUGUCUCAACUUUUCUCAUGUCUCUGAGACAAGAGGAGUCUUUAGCACGUGGAACUUCAUUGUGGACAGAGCUCUGUGAUUGGUUACGUGUUAAUGAAAACUGUUUUAUACGAUCCUCAACUUGUAGCUCCAUUGGACUUCAUGAGACAUCUUCUUUAAAUGCUUAUGUAAAGAACUUAGUUCAAGAAUAUAUUAAGUCACCUGCUUGGGAAACAGGAGAAAACUGCUUUAUGCCUGAUUGGUUUGAAGCCAAGCUUGUUGCUAUGAUGGUCUUACUGGCUGUUGAUGUGGAAGCAAUGAAGAAUCAAUAUAGUGAAAAGCGGAGAACACAGAAUGUAUUGAGGAUAUUCUUAGAUCCUCUUCUGGAUGCCCUUAUGAAGUUUGGUACAAAUGCCUACAUGCCCUUGCUGAAAACUGACAGAUGCCUCCAAUUGCUGUUGAAGUUAUUGCACACUUGCUUGUUGAAAGGUUCCAGUACCCAAGAUGAUGAGGUAUUUACACUUCUUCAGAACUUUGCCAUGUCUACCACAGAGAGCAUUUCUGAAUUUAUUCUCAGAAGACUUACUAUGAAUGAGCUAAGUAGUGUUUCAGAUCUGGAUCGUUGCCAUUUAUACCUGAUGGUAUUAACUGAGCUUAUAAAUCUCCAUUUGAAGAUUGGGUGGAAAAGAGGUAACCCCAUUUGGAGAGUUAUUUCUCCUUUGAAAAAUGCAUCUAUUCAGCAUCUUCAAGAGAUGAAUAGUGGACAGGAGCCAACUCUUGGUAGACAGAUUCAGAGGGUUGUUAGUAUGGCCUCACUGGCCAUGGUGUGUGAAGCCAUUGACCAGAAGUCAGAACUACAGCUGGACUCACUGGAUGCUGGACCUACAGAAAGGUUCCUCUCCUCUCUUCAACUCAAUCAGACGCUGCAAAAGCCCCACACAGAGGAGCAAAGCAGUUUUUUUGAAGAAUCAUCAUCUUCCCAAGGAUGGGGGAAAAUAGUUGCACAGUAUAUUCAUGAUCAGUGGGUCUGCCUCUCUUUCCUGUUGAAAAAAUAUCACACCCUUAUACCAACCUUAGAGGGUAAAAUUGUGGAACCUGUUUUACCUGCUGUUCAAAUGCCCAUAAGGACUUUACAGUUUGCACUAGAAGCCCUCACAAUUCUUCCUUCUGAUCAAGUUUUACCUGUGUUCCAUUGCAUGAAAAUUUUGGUUCCCAAGCUUCUGACCACCUCUGAGUCACUCUGCAUAGAAUCUUUUGACAUGGCUUGGAAAAUUAUAUCUUCUUUAAGCAACACUCAGUUGAUAUUCUGGUCUAAUUUGAAAGCUUUUGUUCAGUUUGUUUUUGACACCAAAGUUCUUACCAUUGCUGCAAAAAUCCAGGGCCAGGCAUAUUUCAAAAUAAAAGAGAUUAUGUUCAAGAUAAUUGAAAUGUCUGCUAUAAAAACUGGAGUCUUCAAUACCCUGAUAAAUUAUUGCUGCCAAUCUUGGAUAGUUUCUGCUUCAAAUGUGUCCCAAGGAUCAUUAUCAAGUGCUAAAAAUUAUAGUGAACUUGUCCUUGAGGCUUGUAUAUUUGGAACUGUGUUUAGGCGUGAUCAGAGACUUAUUCAGGAUGUUCAGACCUUCGUAGAAAAUCUUGGACAUGAUUGUGCAGCAAAUGUUGUUAUUGAAAAUACUAAAAGAGAGGACCAUUAUGUGAGAAUCUGUGCUGUCAAGUUCCUGUGUUUAUUAGAUGGCUCAAAUAUGUCUCAUAAGUUGUUUAUGGAAGAACUUGCAAUCAAGCUACUAGAUAAAGAUGAAUUGGUGUCCAAGUCUAGGACUCGAUACUAUGUGAAUUCUCAACAACAUAGAGUGAAAAACCGAAUAUGGCAGACUCUGCUUGUACUUUUUCCCAGAUUUGAUCAGAAUUUCUUGAAUAGAAUUAUUGACAAGAUUUUCCAGGCUGGUUUCACUAAUAAUCAAGCAUCCAUAAAAUAUUUUAUAGAAUGGAUUAUUAUAUUGAUUCUUCGUAAAUUCCCUCAAUUUCUUCCGAAGUUCUGGGAUUGCUUUUCAUAUGGUGAAGAAAACCUUAAAACAAGCAUUUGUACAUUUUUAUCUGUUUUGUCACAUUUGGACAUCAUCAUUCAAAAUAUUCCAGACAAGAAAAUGAUUCUGAAACAAGCACUUAUUAUUGUACUGCAGUGGUGUUUCAAUCACAAUUUUAGUACUCGACUGUAUGCAUUGGUUGCUCUUAAGAAAAUUUGGAGCAUGUGCAAAUUGCUGCAUGUUGAAGAAUUUGAUGCAUUGACUUCUGUUAUUGAAUCCAGUCUUAGUCAAGUGGAAAACAUGCAUGGAGCAGGGAAUGCCAAGAAGAAUUGGCAACGCAUUCAAGAACAUUUCUUUUUUGCAACAUUUCACCCACUUAAAGAUUACUGUUUGGAGACUAUAUUUUACAUCCUUCCACGUCUUUCCAGCCUUGUUGAAGAUGAGUGGAUUGCUAUUGAUAAAUUUACCAGCUUCACUGACAUUCCUUUAGAUGCGGGAUUUCAGUGGUACCAAUCUUCAACUGGUCUUUCUGAACUAAAACCAGGCGAUUGGUCUCAGCAGGACAUAGGCUCUAAUUCAGGAGAAGCGGAUAACCAAUCAGAGUGGACUGAUGUUCAGAAGAAGAUUAUACCAUGGAAACACAAUGUUCCAGAUUUAGAUGUGGAGUUAAUAUUUCAGGAUCGUGCUGCCAAACUUGGAAAGUCAGUUAGUGGACUUAUUGUAGUGGCCUCACUCAUUGAUAAACCAACCAACUUAGGAGGACUGUGCCGCACCUGUGAGGUGUUUGGAGCCUCCGUGCUUGUUGUUGGCAAUCUGCAGUGUAUCAAAGACAAGCAGUUUCAGCACCUCAGUGUUUCAGCUGAGCAAUGGCUUCCUUUAGUGGAGGUAAAAGCAUCCCAUCUAGUUGAUUAUCUACAACAGAAAAGAGGAGAAGGUUAUACCAUCAUUGGUGUGGAACAAACUGCCAAAAGUUUAGCUCUGAACCAGUACCGCUUUCCUGGGAAAUCUCUACUCCUGUUGGGAAAUGAACGUGAAGGGAUUCCAGCAAAUCUGAUCCAGCAAUUGGAUGUUUGUGUGGAGAUCCCUCAACAAGGCAUCAUUCGGUCACUAAACGUCCAUGUGAGUGGAGCUCUGCUCAUUUGGGAGUACACCAGACAACAGUUGCUUAAGAAUGGGGACACCGAGUCAUGAAGUUUGUGCCUUAUCUGAGAGGAGAUAUUGGUGCUUUGAAACCUAUUUUUAAAACUCUGGACUAAUGAAAUAGAUUCUGAAAUUUACUGGGAUAAUUUGUAUUUUUUUCUUGAAAUGCCAAAAAUUUUUCAUGUGCCUUAAAGUUAUUACUAACGUUAUCCUCUUUAAUAAAAAAUUUUAGCUAAAUGUAUUGCUUCUUUAAUAAAAUAUUUUAAGCAGUGUUGGAAAUAUAGCAAUGUAUUAAUUGUAGAUAAUUUCAUAAAAAUUAGUAUUGUCAGAAAUGUGAAUAAUGGUAAGAAUGAGGUAGAAUUAAGACAGCUGUUACCUAUGAAUCCCAGACCCUUAUUCAUAAAUGAGAAAGCAUGAGAGGUGGAAGUGAAAGUCUUGUUACUUUGGAUCUACUUAUUCCCAGGGAAAGAACAUGCUUGACAAGAUGCUAACCUAGUUUUCCUAUAAAGUUCCUAAUGCUUAAAUAAUAUUUACAUGGCUUUAUUCUUAAAUCCAUGAACUAGGUGAUAUGAUGUUUUUAGGAAAUUUUUCUUAUUAUCACCUUUGCUCAGGGAAUUCAAAUAGUGCUUAGAAACAGUCUAUUAACUGUCAACAUAGACCCAAAGGAGGAUUUGCACAUCAGUCUCAAAAGUAAGGGUGGAACCCAGGAGGAUUGAUUUGCUGUCUCUGUUCUUUUUGUUUUGUUUAAUAUUUGGGUUACUUUAGUUGAUGGUAACUAUCACCAUCCAGCAAUGAACUUUAACUGUAGUUUCCAUACUCCCUCCACACAGAUGCCUCUGACAGGUCUUACAUCACCAUGGACAUUAAUCAAAACCAAGAAAUACUGAAGAUGGUGCCAUUCAUUAUACUAGAGCCUACAAAUCUGAGCUGUAUUCAGCUUUCCAGUUUUCCCACUAAUAUUCUUUUUAUGUUCCAGGAGCCAGUACAGGACACUCAGUUGCAUUUAAUCAUGCCUCCUUGGUCUCUUCCAAUCUGUGACAGAGUCUUUCUUUCCUUGUCUUUCAUGACGAUAAUAUUGAAGAGUACUCACCAGAUAUUUUUCAUGUUUCAUAAUUUGGGUUUGUCUGGUAUUUUCUCAUGAUCAAAUAAAUGGAAGGUAUGGGUUUAAGGAAAAUAUACUGCAGUGACACAGUGCCCAUUUCAUCUCAGCAUGACUUACUACCCUCGGUCAUUUAAGGCAACGUUUGUCACGCUAUUUUCUUUUUCCACAGUCUGUUUGCUAGAAGCAAGUCACUAAACCUAGCCUACAAAAGUAGGGAAUAUAAGUUUCACCUCAUGGAGAGAAGAGUGGCACAGAAUUUGGAGGCAGCUACCACAGUAGUUAGAAAAUAUUUUUUGGAGCUAUUCAGAGGCUAUACUAAUGAAAUGUUCCUCUUAAACAUUUUAACCACUAAUUUUUAUUUUUUAAUUGAUUUGCAAAAAUAUUUAAGUUUGAGGGGAUGUAGCUUCACUUUUUGAUAAAUGUAUGAAUCACACUGCACCCACCACCAAAGAUCUAGUACCAUUCACUAAUAGAAACUGCAACCCCACCAACUUUGUAGUUGUUUUUCAGAAUUAUUUUGUCUAUCUUAGGUUCUUUGCCUUUACAUACAAAUUUAGAAUCAGCUUGUCUAUAUCUACUCAAAAAAGCUUGUUGGGAUUUUGAUUGGAAUCAUGUUCAACCUACAGAAAAAAUUAGGGAGAACUUAAGAAUAUCUUAAAAUUUUUAUAUCUUCUAACCCUAAUUUCUCUUUCCAGUUAAUUAGAUCUUCUCUGAUAUAAAGUGUUUUGGAGUUUUCAGUGUAUAGUACUGCAUAUAUUGUUAGAUUUACAUCGAAGUCUUCCUUUUUUUUCUCCAGUGCUAUUGUAAAUGGUGUAGUUUUUAAAUUCCAGUUAUUCAUUGCUGGUAUUCAGGAAUGUGAUCUUUUGUAUGCAGACCUUACUUUCAUCUUUCUAAGAGUCACUUACUAGUUUAGGGGUUCUCUGUAAUACUUUGUGAUUUUAUAGAGAUAAUCGCAUCAUUGAACAGAACCAGUUUUGGUUCUUCCUUCCCAAUUUGUAUGAUUAUUAAUUCUUUUUUGUCUUAUUGAAGUAGCUAGGAAUCCAGAACAAUGUUCAAUAGGAAAAGUUACAGGAUAUCCUUACCUUGUUACUGAUUAUGGGGAAAAAGCACCUAUCGUCUCAUCAUUAAGUAUGAUGUAGAUUUUUUUGUAGGUGAUCUUUGUUAUUUUACCUGUAUAUUUUAAGAUUAAUCCUGUUCCAGUCCUUAUUUUUUUUGUAUCUGCAUUAAAAAUACUAUCUCUGAGGUGAUUUACCUUUUCAAUAUCUGUAUGUAUAAUAUCUGCCUACUACCCAUCCUUCCAAACCAAAAAAAAGGGAGUGCUUGUGUUUUUUUAAUAAUGGGCUUUAAUUUUCUUAA